AAUAUACUAAGGGUACCAGACGUUUCGCCCCAAAGACACUUGGCCCCCAGUCUGUUCGCCCCACAAAUAGGAUGUCAGUUCGCCCCCAUGUGCAUAACCAGUUUGCCCCCACAAAAGUACCAGUUUGCCCCCACAAAGGUACCAGUUUGCCCCCAUAAUGAUACACCUUGAGUCACUGACUCGACCGAGUGUGUCGAUGUGAAUUUCAGUGUGUGAUCUGGACCCAUCUAUGUGUGCCGAGCUUCUUCUAGUGCAAUCCUACCCUGUUUUUAGGCUAUUUCGUGCACUCCCAUGUGCAUUUUUAGAUGCAUGGUUUGGCAGUCGUUGAACUUUGAAUAGUUUGAUGCAAGUAUGAUUUACAUUUUUAGAUCACGCGGAAUUGUACUUUCGUAAGAAUCCGGAAUAAACAGAGUUAUUGUGAAUGUCAUCAAUGCUUAAUUCUCAGUCAGGUGUGCCAUGUCGCAGGUUCUUCAUACCUGAAUGGUAAACAGCCUUUUUUCAGGUGUAUUAAAGAGCACCUGUCGUGUUGAAACCGAAACCCAUGAUCGGUCCCACGAUAAGGAGGUACGUGGUACAAAUCCUUGGUAAUUUAAAUCUACUAAUAGUAAUAUACUGCUGGCAUCGUUUCUUUCUGUGGACAAAUACAACAAACUACAACAUCAGCGGUCAUCAAAAACAUUCUGCAAUGUGCAACAGAAGGACGACUACAGCCUGUUAUUUAUACCACGGAUAGGCGAUGACAACUCAUGAUAACAAUGCUUAGGAAUGACGAACAACUGGACCAGCAAAUCACGCUAAGAAAAGAAACACACACACUUUAACUUGCCUCUAAAGAAACAGUACAAUAAUUGUUUAAAAGUAGCAAAUAAUUGAGAGUUGGGUGCGAACUGACUGAAAGUUUGAGGUGAACUGACAAAUAGUUGGGGGCGAACAGGUCAAACUGGAGGCGAACUGACUGGGAAAACUGCCUUGGGGCGAAACGUCAUGGAUUCAUAUACAAAAUGAAAUGGCUGAUGCUGUGUCAGAAGACAUAGAUUCCUUGAAGACAUGCUUGCUGCUCCUGGAAGAUGAGAGUGAGAAAGAUGAGCUGCGUUCAGCACUUGAUAUCUUGUUCAAAGUGCACCAAAAUCUGCUCAAGAACCCCGGUGAAGAAAAGUACAGGCAGUUGCGCAAAGAGAACAAAGCGAUCAAAGAAAAGCUGCUGAAGUUUGACGGUGCCAAAGAGUUCCUGUUAGCUGCUGGGUGGACUGAGGUUGAUGAAUUGUUGAUGUAUGUUGAUGAAAGCAAUGUUCAAGUAGACCGUGUACUGCAGGUAAUAGAAGAAAAACUACACACCCUACCACCAGUGAACAACAUCAAGCCAGUUGUUGAAACACAUUCAUCAUGGUCAGCUGAUGAGCUGAGAAGAAAAGAACAGCUUAUAGAAGAAGAUAAGAAGAGAAGGAUGGAAGAAUAUAAACGUGUAAAGAAAGAAAAGGCUGCCAUCAAACAACAGAUACAAGCUGAUCGUAAGGAUUCCAAUAGCAGAGAAGUGAAGGAAUCGCAUGCUACGAACUUAAAUUGUGGAACAUUUAAAAAGUUUGAAAACAAAGGUGGAUGAGGUUAGGAUUCCCAUGAAGUUCUGCAUAGUUACUCCUCUUCUAGCACAGAUCGUCUUCAGUUGAUAUCAUCUUUGUUUGUGUGAAAUCUGUAAAUGACGGUUUGUUAAGACAUCACAUGUACCUGUAUUGUUAUGACGGUUUUGACAUUUUGUGUGUGUCCCGUUACAUACUACGUUUUUAGUUGCCUUAGUUCUGCAUGUUUUAAUUGUUGUGUCUUCGAAAUGAUGUUCAUAUGACUACCAACCCUUGAAAUUUGUGACAGCAAUCAACAGUGCAGCCACACAAUACUGUUGCUAAAUUGAUCUACAACGGCAUUUUCAAAACAUUAUCUGACAUUUACUUUGUUAUCAUCUGUACUGAGUUGCUGUCACAAGAUGAACUGAAUUUCAAGGGCUGGAUUUCUUAUAUAUGUAUGUGUGUUUUCAAAUAAUGUGCAAUUAGUCUGUAUGUUUUGAGGCAUACAUGAUUACUUGAUACAGGUUUGCUGUUGCAAUGAAGAGGAGUACUAGAACUUUGUGACUAUGUGAUUGUUUUUGUAAUUAUGAUGACUGAUAAUGAUAAUUUGAGUUACAACCACUUCACGUGGCAACACAAAUUUGAUAUCCAGUCUGUAAUGUCUGUUAAAAAACGUGUGAGCUUGUUUUUCUGUUAUUGUUGAGUGUGUUCUCAUUCUGACUGUUUAGCAUGUAUUCAAAAGUAAAAUUUUAGUUGACAUGCAUUAUCUGUCCAGGCCCCAGAUUUUUGAAGCUAUCUUAGCGCUGCGAUAUCGUAAAACCUGCAUAGACUAUAUGCAACUACGUUGUGAUGUCAUAACUCACGAUGGUUUUACGAUACCAUAGCACUAAUAUAGUUUCGAAAAUUUGUAGCCGAGAUUGAUCCCCAUCAGUGGUGUCAGUUAGGCUAUUUUUCCAGCCAAUGCUCCACAAUAGGUGUAACAAUGGCUGUGAUACAUGUACAUGUAUGUUUUGUCCUGCCUAAUAUAAAACAAAAACCUUGCCGCUAAUCGAAAGGAAUAACCCAUGGAGUAGCAGCACUGGGUUUCCUCUCUCAUUAUCUGUGUGGUUCUUAACCAUGUCCGACACCAUAUAACCAUAAUUAAAAUGUAUUGAUUACAGGACUUCAAAUUAAGGAUUUAUCACCCAUGUUUUUUAUUUUUUUAAUUACCAUGGGUAUAAGAGCCCACCGACGGCAGUUUUGAGCCUGUCUAUGACAAGUGUUUUUAAAGUGAUUUUUGGAGGAAAUAAGUACAAUCGUAAAGUUAUUUUGUUGCAUGUAGAUAUAUUUCAGAUGUACAAAUGUUUAAAUACUGGCAAAUAAUGUACACCUGAUAUAAUAAUUUUUCUGUCAUUGAGGAGUUUUACUGAUGACUAAUUUUUUUCCAGUGGCACAAAAGUGUCGUCGGUGAUGCUUCAAACCCACGACAAAUUAUAUUUCAAUGACAGCAAUUGCCGUCGGUGCCGCCAUUAAGUUCGAGCCCUGGAGUACAUGCUAAAUAAAAUAUUUCUUCCUUUCUGUCUAACACAAGUCAUCUUCUGUUCAUUUAUUUGAAUUUAACAUUUAUUUGGGACGGGAAGUAGCUCAGUGGUAGAGCACUUGCUGGCGGAGCUCUUGGUCUUUGUCGUAGGAUUGAUCAUUCUUAGUGAACUCGGGGUUUUUUUCCUGCUCCAGCCAAUUUCGCAUAACUGUCUUGGCCAUGUUAUGUACUAUCUUGUACAUUGCAAAGUGCAUAUUAUUUCCUGUUUCUCGAUUAAGUGUUGAAUUGACCACUUGUUAAGACAAACUAGAAAUAACCGUAGUUUAAAGUUAAAGGUGUUGUGGUGUUGUUAAGCAAAUAUUGCAUUCUGUCCAUUAUAUUCACCAAGUGUUUAUUAAAACAGUAUUUCUCUGUAUUCUGAUUUCAGAUGUCAAUGUUGAAUGUAUAUUCUAACACAAGACGCCUUUUGUUCAUUCGUCAGACUAGAGCAUGAAUUUAUACUCCAUUGCAAGGUACAAAUAAAAUAGCAGCACCUACCUUAAACUAUUAAAGAUAAAUUAACAAAAGAAUAAUCAAAUACAGAGUUUAGUAGAAAAAAAGACGAAUUAAAUUAAAUAAUUUCAUGCUUUUUGGAGUGACUGUAUUCUUUUCUAUGAGUAUUUCUUAGUUAAUUUAUACUAUGUCUUUUUAUAUGAUGUCUAUAAGAAAAAGAAAAAGAAAAUAUAUAUAGAACUUUUGUUUUUUCCAAUUCCAAACUGGAAUUAUUGAUAAAAUACACUUAAUGGAGGCUGGGAUGGAGUAUAAAUUAAUUUUUCUGACUUGUAACAUUUGAUUAUUUAUCCUAAUAAAAAAUGUCUUCUGUAAAUGUAUAUAUGACUGUAUUUAUUGACGGCUGUUGAGUAUGCAGUUCAACUGAUAUUGUUUGAAUUUGUGAGGGUUGAUCAAGUAACUGUUGAGCAGUCAAUAUUAGUGGUAUUUAUUUUUGUUGUUGAUCAUGUAUUCUAACACAAACUUAAAAUUGUGUGAAGUUUUGUCGAGUAUGUAUUCCAACACAAUUGAUAUGUCAAUUCAAAAUGAAUUGUAAUGGUAAUAUAUCUUUAAUUGUUAAGUAUAUUUUAACAGAAUUAAUUCUGUGAAUGUAUUUUGACUGUAUACCGGUAUUUAAGUUUACUGAACUAUUUUGUGAAUUCAUCUGUGACUGUAGUGACCAUUAACUUUCUGCUGUGUAGAUAAUAGACUACAGUACCCAUUGAGAAUCUUUUAAUUUUCUUUUAAUGUUGACAUAGCCUGAGAUUUGCUUUAAAGGGACAUUCCUGCAUUGUAAGAUGUUUCUGAAAAAUAAAAUAGUUAUACGAUUAAACUUACAUAUUAAAUAUAUUUUCUUGUUUAGAAUAUCAGUGUGUAUAUUCAGUGUGUUUCUGGCCGUCUUAAUAGCUGUAAGAAUGAAUAACAAAUGAAUGAUUAACGACACCCCAGCAUUAAAAAUACAUCGGCUAUUGGGUGUCAAACUAUGGUAAUGCAAACAAAUAAAGUGAUGAUCAACUCAAUAUAAAAAUUCAAGAUUUAAAUAACAACAGU